CAUUGUUUAGUGCAAGGAUACAGCUAAUAAUCCAAGCACAUCCUCAGAGGGGAGGGAGCAUGCUUCCAUGCUGCAAACAGCACUCCAAGUCCAAGCCUCUGCUCACACUUCAUCCCUCCCUCUCCUCUCCUCUCCGUUUUGAUCAUCAUCAACCAGGUGGCAGGUGUGCAUGGCGAUGACCCAGGCGCUGAAUCGAUCACGCCACCAUUUCCCAUCUGAUCGAUCUCUUCUUGGAGCUAGACAGCAACUGGCGCAGCUGAACGACAAGAUCAGGAGCAGAGCAGGCGGUCUUGUAGUUCUUGGCUCGGCGUCAGCGUCGGCGAUGAUGGCGAUCAGGGGCUACUUCCGGGCGCCGGCGAGGCUGCAGGGGAGGAAGAGGAAGCAGCAGGCGGCGGAGCGGGGACUCCGGGGCGACAGCCUGGGCGCCGCGCUGCUCGACGAGGCCGAGCUGCCGGCAGUGCCCAGGGGCUACUUCGCCGUGUACGUGGGCGCGGAGGCGCGCCGGUUCGUGGUGCCGACGGACUACCUCCGCCAGCCGGCGUUCCGGGACCUCAUGGAGCGCGCCGCCGAGGAGUUCGGCUUCGCGCAGGCCGCCGGCAUCCGCAUCCCGUGCCGCGAGGAGGACUUCGAGGCCACCGUCGCCGCGCUCGAUCUCGAGUCCGCCGUGGCGCGCCGGCGCUCCCGGGCCGGCACCGGUAGAGCCACCGCGGCGGCGGAGCCCAAACUGCCCAAGGCCAGGUCGUUGUAGCAAGCCAGGCAUGCAGAAUUUGCAGGCCAUGGAGAUGCGCAAUGCAAGUAUUCUUUGCAGCUCAAGCUGACUUUGAUUAGAUCAAGUCAGUCAAAUCAUUAGGCAUUAGCUUUGGAUCAGUAGAUAAUCGAUCUGUGGAGUAGUGUUUGUUCUGCAAGGGCUCUGAAACUGGCAUGAAACAAGAAAAGGAAUAAUUCGUUCUUUGUUUUUCAUCUGUAGUUAA